AUGGUCCCAACCUCCGACCUCGCCUUCGCAAUCCUCUCCAUCCCUUACACCUACUUCCUCGCCACCAUCCCCUUCCCCUCCCUCACCUCCGGCCCCGUCCCCUCCGUCUUCGGCGACCGCAACCCCAUCCUUGCCAAAUACGUCUUCACGGCCGCCAUCAUCGGCAUCUUCCUCCCCAUCGCUUACAUCCUCGACGGCAUCUUCAAUGGUGAUCAAGAAUCAGUCAAUUCCGCAGCUCCACACUUGUUCUUGCUUUCCUUUCAGGUGUUCAUGGAGGGUGUGACGUUCUGGCAAGGGUUUUCGAUUCCGGUGAGGGCGUUCAUCCCUCUGGCUUUCAAUUCUCGGAGGUUGUUCUCGAUUGCGGAUUGGUUGAGGAGCGAGCUCGGGAAGGAAGGGUUAGGGUUAGGGUUUCGAUUGAUUGCUGGGAAAGUGCUUGCGAUGGUGAAUUUGGCGUUGUGGGCUUUCAAUCUCUUUGGGUUCUUGAUUCCUGUUUAUCUCCCUAAAGCUCUCAAGAGGUACUACUCCAUUGCUUAG